AUGGGUGAGUGGUUCGACGUCGAGGGCACGGAGAUGGCCAACUGGGAGAAGCUCGAGUUGGCUGCGCGGGCUCCGCAGCAGAUGAUGGCCUGGAAGCAGUUCUUCACACUGGGCGAGACCGAUGACGGACGCAAAGAGAUGGCCGGCUUCCUGUGGGUCAAGCAGAAGGACGUGUGGGACCGGUUUUACUGCGUUGCCGACCGUGACAACUUCGAGUGGCUCAAGCCCGGCGCCGCGAACCUGGUCCCGCUCACCACGCUGACCAACCUGAGGCGCGGCAUCCUCACGGAGAAGGAGCAGCACAAGCUGCAGACCAAGAAAAAGAAGGAGGAAUGGGACAAGUCGCCCUACUUGUCCAAGAUCCGACAAUCCAAGCUCAAGCUGAGCCUGCUCAAGCAGGACGAGCUCCUCUACUCGUUCGUUACGCCGUCAAGAGACGUUCUGGUGGCCAUGGCUACUCACAUCAUAGCCCAAAAGGGACUCAACAACCUCGUCACUCACAACCGCACUCUGUUGGACGAAGUCGACUCAGCCAAGGCGGUGGCGACCAACACCAAGUACAAAAUCAAGCGAGGCACCUCGAAUCUGCGUAAGCGGUCAGAAGCUAGGGAAACCACUUUGGUGCCUAUCCAUCGAAGGACCCCGUCGCACCCGGAAUUCGACCCAGCCUACAACGGCGGAGUGGCCGCUCCAAGCCCCGCCUCGGGUGGAAUGUCGGCACCGCCCGAAGUGGUCGCCGACCGGCCUACGGCCAAUCGCUUCCUCGAUUCGGUCGGUGACGACUCUGCGCCGAGCGAGCACUACCUGCGAAAAUCUACGAUUGAGGAGACCAAGGAGACCACCAAGCUGCGAAAUGAGAUGCGCGACGUGCACGAGCGUGCGAUGAUGGAGAUGGGCAAGACGCCCUUGGGCAACACUUGCUUCACCAAAAACAAGAAACUCGGCAUGGAUGCGGCCGCCGCGGACAAGGGCGAGCUCAAGAGCAACAAGGAUUUCUUCAUCCUCAGCUUGGAUGGCGGCGGCCUCAGGGGAAUCGUCCUCACCACUCUGUUGGUGCGGUUGGUCGAAAUCUUCCCCGACCUGAUGGAGCGUGUAGACCUCUUCGCCGGCGUGUCGGCCGGCAGUAUUGUGGCGUCGGCGCUAGCCACCGGGAGGUCACCCGUGUACAUGCAGAAGAUGCUCCUUUCAUUGGGUCCCCUCUUCUUCAUGCCCCGCAAUGUGCGACAGUUCCACGGCUACCCGCUUCGUCAGGCCAAGUACUCCAUGGUCAACCUCAAGAUCAUUCUCGAGGAAUCGCUUAGGGGCGCAACUCUGGACACCUGCCCACGCAAUCUGUUAAUAUCGUCGUUCCUGCUCGACAACCACAAGCAAGGCACCAACAGGUCGUGGAGCCCACGCGUCUAUCACAACUUGCCUAAGGUGAAGAAGGACGCGACGACCAGCGAAGAGGAGGAGGAAGAGGAAGACGGGCGGGGCAUGCAGGCAAUGAGCGAGGACACGGUGCGGUCGCCGCCCAGUGGUGGCAACAAUAGUAAGAACUCGAGCGCCGACACACCAGCGCCCCCUGAGUCGUCCACCUUGAGCCGACGCAUCAAUGCGAAACUCGGGCGCGCCCGAAGCGAAAACAAGGUCGGACAGGAGAGACGCAACGCGGCCGAGGACAUGAUCGCAUCGGCGGAGAGGCGGCAGGAGGAGGAUGGCAAGGAGGCCAAGGGGCGAAAGCGGAGGAACGUGAAGGGCAAGGACCUGCCCGAAGCGACCCGUUGGCGAGCCGACGCGGGCGGCGGUGGUGCGAAGGUGGAGCCGCAUCGCGAGAAGCUGGAAUCGACCUCUAGCGAGGCGACGGAGACGGAGGGCCAUGACGGGCCGUUGAGCGAGGGCAAGGCCAAGGAGGCAAGCCCCGACAAGGUGUCCGACGACGAUGUGGCUGCUGCUGCUUCGGAGGUAGCCGAUCCCAGCGGCGCACAGGCGCAUGUGGCGUCUCGCCCACAGCAGCCGCACCUCCGCCACCACCGACAUCACAGCGGAGGAAGCAAGGGGACCGCGACUGGGUCCAAGGACGUCGCUCAUCUGCAGCUGCAGUCCCCCCGCAACUCCGCUCCUUGCGGUAAUCCCAGGGAGCGAGCAGCCACCGCGCGAGGCCCUCGCCCUGCCGAGGAGGCGCCCCGGGGAGGGUCGUUGACGUACCGAGCUGGGACCAAGGCCGACGACUCUGACGCCGACGCCGACACGGAACCGGUGAGCGAGAUUCGACGAUCGGGCCAGGCGCCAGUCGAUGCGGUGGCUGGCAUGGGCAGUCACGGGCGCCGCCCGACACCCAGGACCCUCAUCAAGCCGUCCAGCAGCAAAGGCCUCUCUGGGAGCAUGCACAGCUUGCACCUGCCCCGGCAGAAAAGCGACGUUUCGAUGAGCAACUCCGAUCUGCGCGAGCCCUCUCCCAUCAGCGACAACAGUGCUCCUACCAGGCGCAGCGCUCCGAUCAACAACAAGCAGAGCAGGGACAACCGCUCGCCCCUCCUGAAAGUGGACAGCGAUUCGUUGGUCAUGGAUCUCGUUCUCGCCUCUGCUGCCGUGUCGAACAACCCCUCGCUGGCCGCCAUCACCACCGUCCUGAGCCCGGACACGGUCGGCACGCCCAAGAUUCCGGCCAAGGUCCACGUGCUGUCGAUCGGCACCGGGUACAUCGCGCGCUUCCUGGAGACCAACAACGACCACGACUGGGGCGUGCUCCAGUGGGCGCCCUGGCUCUCCGAGAUGAUGCUGUACACCGCGCAGCUGAACGCCACGCAGCUCUCGGCGACCCUGCUGGGCGACAACUUUCACAGGCUCGACCCGCAGCUCGAGGAGGCCAUCGCCAUGGACAACCCGGCGCUGCUCCCCGUGCUGGAGGAAAAGGCGAAGGAGAUCGAUCUGUCGUCGACAAUCGCUUGGAUCAAGCGACACGUUUACGGCGAAAAGGCCGAAGAGGCAGAGGCGGGCGAAGAGGAGCUGCUGCCCUCGGGAGAGGUCACCAGGCGGCAGCUGCCCAAGCGGAGGAAGAAGAAGCGGCCCAGCAAGCGACCGUCCAGGGACAAGGACCAACAACAACAACACCACCACCAGCGGCGGCCGCACGACGAGGAUGGCACGUCGGCAGACGAAGUGCCACACAACAACAUGCACUGGGGCACCGACGCGUGGUUCGCCACGCAGAGGAUGUGGGAGGGCUAA